UGGGACGCGUUGCUAUUCGAACAGUUGUUUUCUCACGAUGAGGUCGCAUGGAUAUCCUUAUCUUAAAAGAGGAAUGUUAGUUGCUCUCGCUCCUCUGGCGGUUUUGGCGCUUUUAUUUCCAGGUAUUUUUUCGUUGAAAUUAAGAGAGGUUUCCGUUCCUGCAGUUGUGAUUAAAGGUGAUGACGUAUGGUUAAACUGUACUUAUGACUUAGAAAAGGAAACACUCUACUCAAUAAAAUGGCAUAAGAACAACGUAGAAUUUUACAGAUAUAUACCAGCGGAUCAUCCUCCUGGACAGAAAUAUGAGCUUGAAGGAAUACAUAUUGAUCUAAGAAGAAGUCAUGAAGGAAACAUAUAUAUGCCAACCACUGAUGUUAAUUCAGAGGGAAUUUAUCGAUGCGAAGUUUCUUCGGAAGCGCCUAUUUUUCGAACUGUGAAAGGAGAAAGAGAGAUGAGGAUUUAUGUCAAUCCCAGUACAAGGCCUCAAAUCUUGGGCAGCAAACAGCAUUAUGGUAUUGGAGAUAUGGUAAAUGUAACAUGUAUAUCUGCACCUUCAAGACCAGCAGCAUUUUUGAAGUGGCUUAUAAACAGUAGAGAAAUUGAGCCUCGUAGUAGUCAACUUCAUCGCCAAACCCCAGUUGAAGAGCCUGUUGGUUUGUUUACAUCGAUUCUUGUGUUGACGUUUUACGCUAAGCAUGAGCACUUUGAAGAUGGAAAGAUGAGAUUACAAUGUGAGGCCAUGAUUUCUCAAGCACACAUGCUCAGAAGUGAGGAAAUCACGAUCACGAAUUCAACAAGAGCUGCAGCUGCAACUUUGUCCGAUUUUGAUACCAUGAAAGAUGGUCCAACAAUAUCAGGAGGUAAGAGUGAAUACCAAGUAGGUGAAACAGUGGAUGUCAAUUGCACCGCCUCGAGAUCUCAACCACCGGCAGAACUGCAUUGGUAUAUCAAUGACAAAGAGGUGAGGACAGAGCACCUCAUAAAGCGUCCAUCUAUCAUUGACCGAGAUGGAGAAUCAACAGUCCUGGGUUUGCGUUUUGAAGUGAAAUCUAGACACUUUAUUAAGAAUGAGAUGAGAUUGAGAUGCACGGCAACUCUGUCUGAAGUGAAAACAAUGACAAGUGAACCUCAAGAAGCGGAAAUAGCAGAGCAGAAGGAAUCCCGUUUGCAUGUAGAUGAUCAUCUUAGGGCUCAAUCUGUUUCAAGUAUAUCUACAAACUUUGAUGCAUCAGUCAUUUCCUUAUGGAGUAUUAUUCUCAUAUCCCAUCUAUGGUGUUUACUAUAAACCACGGAAAUCUAUGCAUUUGAACCGUUUUUUUAAUGAUUCCCUUAUAUGUGUGGCAGAAAGGAGACACAGCAAAACAUGUACCAGAGUCUUUCAAGUGUGUCGCCAAGAAAAGGGAUAGAAACCAAAUCCCAUAAAAUAAAUGCUUUUAUUUCGGAAGAAGAUUCCAAUAAUAAUCAACCGGAUGGAAUCGUCAGUCUUUACAUUGUGAUCAAUGGUAAAACUGUAUGAGAAGAAAAAAGAAAAGUAAAGCGAGCUCUGACCGGGGGGAAAAAAUGCUGGCUUAUUGACGGUAAUGGUGAGAAAUAAGAUGGUCGUAGCUUAUCACUGAUUUUGUAAAAUAAAAUGAUGAAAAAAAAAAAAAGGAUUCGAAAGUGUGUUCUACGAAACCGGUGAACAAUCAAGAUAUGUCUGUGAAAGCCAUUAUUGUUUGUUUGAGACAAAUUUUCUUAUUUGUUCUUCGUUUUUUGGAAUUGGAACGGAGGAGCGAAGCCUUGCUUCUUUAUUGAUGUUUUUUACUCAAUGGAUUACUUUUUCUAAUGGACUAAAAAGGAAAAUGUAAAAAAAGUGUUUAAAAAUGUGAAGAACUUGAAUUGCCUUGUACAAAACAAAUGAAGCCAUCCCUCUUUCACUACACUUUUUAUUUAUUUAUUUAUUUAAAGUUUGUGUAUUUUAACACGGGGAAAAGAAAAACGAAUAAACUUACCGUAACUGUUUGGUAAUGGCAUUUCAGGUAAAAAAUAAUAAUUCUAGUUAAUAAAACCCAAUUGCCUGGCAAUUUUUCUUUUCUAUUGGUAUUUUUUUGUUCAUAUGGUAAGAGUAUACCAGAAAUUCUGGAUUUCAAAAUUCUGUUUCGUAUUACCACAUAUUACCACAUAUUUAGCAAAAAUACAUAACUGAAAAGUAAAUUUAAACGAAUAAAUAACUUUUAAGUGUCAAGAUAAAAUUACCAAAUUUUACCCCAUUUACUAAACGUUAUCUAUAACAAUAACGUUAUCUAUAACAAUAAUAUUGUUAUCUAUAUCUAUAACAAAACACUAUAAAACAAUAUUUUAUUGUUAAUUUUCCCAAAAUUAUUUCGAAAUCGCUAUGGAUACAGCUUUUUAGUGCUACCAUAGAGUCAGAAACACGGUAAAUUUUACUAUAUUCUGGUAGUUUUGACAAUACUUUUUCUCAGCGAAAUAAAUCCUUAUUUAAUUAAAAAGAACUUUAUUGAAUUUGUACAAUUUUU